UAAAAAUGUGACCAACCCGCACUAUGAUUGAACUCUGUAAUAACUUCUUCAUUUCACACUUACUGUCACUCACCACCAUUAUAAAGAUAAUGCUUCUUCACCAUUAAAUAAUCAGUAGCUAAGUUACAGAAAAAAAAACAAGAAAAACAUGGAGAAAAAUGAAAAUUUGAAAGAAAAUUCUCAGAAAAAAUCCAUGGAGACUCAUGAGAAAGAUGAUGAAAAUGUCCAGCUUAACUACAGAGGAUGGAAAGCUAUGCCGUAUAUUAUAGGAAAUGAAACUUUUGAGAAACUAGGAGCAAUCGGAACAUUAGCAAAUCUGUUGAUAUAUCUAACGACAGUGUUCAACAUGAAGACUAUUACAGCAACAACUAUAAUUAAUGUCUUCAAUGGCACGGCUAAUCUCGGUACUAUGAUCGGAGCGUUUCUUUCGGACACAUACUUCGGUCGGUACAACACCUUGGGGUUUGCUACUGUUGCAUCUUUUCUGGGGUUACUUGUGAUAGACUUAACAGCAGUGAUCCCCAAGCUGCAUCCUGCAAAAUGUGAUAAAAACAGUUCAACAUGUAGCGACCCAACAACCGGUCAGCUGGCCGUUUUGUAUAUAGGAUUCGGGCUUAUGAUCAUCGGAGCAGGCGGUGUUCGUCCGUGUAAUUUAGCAUUCGGAGCAGAUCAGUUUAACCCGAAAACAGAAUCUGGAAAAAGGGGUAUUAAUAGUUUCUUCAAUUGGUACUUCUUCAUGCUGAUGUUUGCUCAGAUGAUUUCUUUGACUCUCAUCAUUUAUGUUCAAGCCAAUGUGAGUUGGGCAAUAGGUUUGGCAAUUCCGGCAAUUUUGAUGUUUAUAGCUUGUGUAGUGUACUAUGUGGGUUCUAGUAUUUAUGUUAAAGUGAAAGCUUGUGGUAGUCCGGUGACCGGUGUGGUUCAGGUUUUAGUUGUUGCAGUCAAGAAAAGAAGGUUGGUGCUGGUUGAACAGCCUUGGCUCUCACUUUUCAAUUAUAUUCCUGCUCAGACUAUUAAUGCUCAGCUUUCUUACACCGAUCAGUUCAGAUGCCUUGAUAAAGCAGCAAUUAAGACUCCUGAGGACGAAAUAAACCCGGAUGGAUCGCCAGUUAAUCCAUGGAACCUUUGCAGUUUGCAGCAAGUCGAAGAAGCGAAAUGCGUAAUCAGAGUGCUUCCUAUUUGGGUAUCGGCCGUGAUAUUCUACACGGCGAUAGUCCAACAGAAUACAUAUGCAGUUUUUCAAGCAGUUCAAAGCGAUAGACGCCUCGGAAGCAGCAACUUCAGCAUUCCAGCAGCAACUCACACUGUGUUUCUGAUGCUAAGCAUGAGCAUAUUCUUGCCUAUUUACGACCGAAUCUUAGUUCCGUUUCUCCAGAGAAUGACAGGAAAAGAAGGCGGCAUUACGCUUCUUCAAAGAAUCGGAUUCGGCAUAGCAUUCUCGACUCUCUCCAUGAUAGUCUCCGCUUUCGUCGAACAACAGAGAAGGACUAUAGCUCUAACUCAACCGACUCUCGGGAUUGCACCGAGACGCGGUGCGAUUUCCGCAAUGCAUAGCUUAUGGUUAGUCCCUCAGCUAGCUGUAGCCGGAUUAGCCGAGGCGUUCGGCGCAAUAGGCCUAGUCGAAUUCUACUACAAGCAAUUUCCAGAGAACAUGAGAAGCAUUGCAGGGUCCAUAUUUUUCUGUGGGCUAGCUGGUGCAAGUUACUUGAGCAGUUUGAUAAUAGCUGUCGUUCAUCGAACCACCGAAAAAACCGCCACCGGAAACUGGUUAGCCGAAGAUCUAAACAAAGGGAGAUUAGACUAUUACUACUACUUGAUUGCUGCUCUUGGUGUAGUCAACUUUGGUUAUUUUUUGAUGUGUGCAAAGUGGUAUAAGUAUAAAGGAGGACAAGCUGUUGGUAUUGAGAUGAUAGGAGACACUAAGCUGUCGGGAAAACAUUCAGCUUGAUGUUGUUUUAAAUUAAGAGUAGAAAUUUUCGAGUCGUUUUAGAUCAGAAUAAGACGAUCUGCUCGGGUUUUAUGGCUCUAGAGAUGAAUGUAAUUAGCAGCAGUUUAGUAUAGCUUUAGCAACACUUUAAUACUUGAAAAAAAUGUGCCUUACUUGCUCUA